AAUGAAACCAGUUUGUUUUCUCUGAUGGAACUUGUCAUGUGAUGCACACCAGUCUGAGGGCCAGAACCUUAAGAAGAAAGUGACAUUGGGGUCUGUGUGACAGUGUUUCUUCUGGCACACCUCAGAUCGGUCCGUUUUUAACUCUUAGCUUUUUGAUCACCCGAUGUGCACUCCUCCCCCCAGGAAAAGCAGUGUUGACAGGGUUUGGAAGUCGACUUGGUUCUCUGAGGCCGCUGCUAUGGCAGUGAGUAACAGGGUGACAAAGGAGGGCCGGGGAAGAGCUUCCUAAUAUAGACGGGUCCCCGAGCCCCACCGGUAGGGCGAUGACCAGCCUUUUAUUCUGAUUUCCUCCCUCGGAGCAAAGAGAGUUUGAAAGGCAGGCGCCAAAGACCUUUCAGAGCAGAAUUCGAGCGUUCUUGGGAGGGUUUGCCCGGGCUCGCGCUGGGGAUUGGGAUGUCGGAGAGAUGAACCCCCUUCCAGCUCGUGACCCGGUCCUCUUUCGAGGUUCAGCAAAGACGCCGGGGCUUGCGGGGGCCCUGUGAUCCUCUGCCUUUAGCAUGGGCAAUGCUCUUGAAACACAGAAGCCCGUGAAACGAAGCCAUCUGUGCCCCUGGAGACAAGACUCUCAGCGUUCUCACCUCUCCUCCUUCACCAUGAAGCUGAUGGACAAAUUCCACUCGCCCAAGAUCAAGAGGACGCCGUCAAAGAAGGGAAAACCGGCGGAGGUGUCUGUGAAGAUUCCAGAGAAGCCUGUGAACAAAGAGGCAACAGACAGAUUUCUACCAGAGGGCUACCCUAUCCCCUUGGAUCUGGAGCAGCAGGCAGUAGAAUUUAUGUCCACCAGUGCUGUGGCUUCCAGGUCUCAAAGGCAGAAGAACCUGAGCUGGCUGGAGGAGAAAGAGAAGGAGGUCGUUAGUGCCUUGCGCUACUUCAAGACCAUUGUGGACAAGAUGGCCAUUGACAAGAAGGUGCUGGAGAUGCUCCCAGGCUCAGCCAGCAAGGUGCUGGAGGCCAUCCUGCCGCUGGUGCAGAGCGACCCGCGAAUUCAGCACAGCUCAGCCCUCUCCUCCUGCUAUAGCCGAGUGUACCAAAGUCUCGCCAACCUCAUUCGCUGGUCUGACCAGGUGAUGCUAGAAGGUGUGAACUCAGAAGAUAAAGAGGUGGUGACAGCUGUGAAGGGGGUCAUCAAAGCUGUGCUGGACGGAGUGAAGGAGCUGGUCAGACUCACCAUCGAGAAGCAGGGGCAUCCGUCUCCCACAAGCCCGGCGAAACCCAGCUCCCCAGCCUGCAAACCCGACGGCCAGUCUGAGCUCCCCCUGACGGACCGGGAGACGGAGAUUCUCAGCAAGACCACCCGCAUGUCGCAAUCCACCGAGGGGCUUCCAGACUCCACGGACCAAGAAGUCGCGCCGCCCAAGCCCCCCUUGCCCGGCAUUCGGGUGGUGGAUAACAGUCCCCCCCCAGCACUGCCACCGAAGAAAAGACAGUCGGCUCCGUCACCUACCCGCGUGGCCGUGGUGGCCCCCAUGAGUCGAGCCACCAGUGGCUCCAGUUUGCCUCUUGGAAUUAAUAGGCAGGAUUUUGACGUGGACUGUUACACCCAGCGACGACUGUCGGGAGGCAGCCACUCGUACGGCGGCGAGUCGCCCCGCCUGUCGCCCUGCAGCAGCAUCGGCAAGCUCAGCAGGUCGGACGAGCAGCUGUCCUCUCUGGACAGGGACAGCGGGCAGUGCUCCCGGAACACAAGCUGUGAAACUCUCGAUCAUUACGAUCCCGACUACGAAUUCCUCCAGCAAGACCUCUCGAACGCAGACCAGAUACCUCAGCACGCGGCCUGCCACCUCAGCCCGCUGCCGGAGGCCACGGGGGAGGCCGGCCCUCCGUUUCUUGGCCACCCUUUCCAGGUGCCUCUGGGCGGCUGUCCCCAGCCGGACGGGCCCUCGGCCCCGGGGUGGCCGACAGACACGCCGCCUGCCCUCCCCGAGAAGAAGCGCCGGAGCGCGGCCUCCCAGACGGCGGACGGCGCCGGCUGCCGGGCGUCCUACGAGCGCCACCCGUCCCAGUACGACAACAUCGCCGAGGACGACCUGCAGACCCCCGGCCCGGGCCCGCACGGCCCCUUCACGCCCUUCGCUGCCGUUCUGCCCUUUCAGCAAGGAGGUUCCUCGGCCUCUGUCGAGUUCGUGGCUGACUUCGCUGCUCCCGAACCGGCGAGGGACCCAGAAAAGCCGCCGCCUCUCCCGGAGAAGAAGAACAAACACAUGCUGGCCUACAUGCAGCUGCUGGAGGACUACUCGGAGCCGCAGCCCUCCGUGUUCUACCAGACGCCGCAGAAGGAGCACAUCUACCAGCAGAAGAACAGGCUCCUCAUGGAGGUGUACGGCUUCAACGACUCCUUCAGCGCUGGCGACGCCCCGCACGAGCUCGCGCCGCCCCCCGCCCUGCCCCCAAAGCAGCGGCAGCUGCAGGCCUCCUAUGCUGCUGCUUCCUUCUCCUCUGUCUCCUACUGUGUCCAGCAAUCUAAAGUGGCCUUCACCCCCGAGGACAGCAGUGCCACUCAGGGCAUCAGUGUGUCCGUCUCUAACUCCUUUCUCAGCCGGCAUGGCAGCUUACCUGUGCCCUCGUAUAAGUCUGUGUUUAGGUCCUACUCGCAGGACUUCGUGCCUCACAGCCAAGCUUCCGUCCGCCCUCUCCUCCCGUCUAGCUCCUCUUCCUCUCCGCAUUUCCCACCUGUCCACCAGUCUCAGAGCUCUGACUUAGCGGUGCCAGCCGUGGCCAGUCCGCCUCCCAGCACCCUGGACGGGCCUCUUUCAUCUUCUCAGGAGAGCAGCUUUCAUGGGAACACUGUCUGCCUUCCUUCCGAAACCUCUUUCACUGACUCGCCCCAGACGCCUUCGAGCGAACGCGCCAGUGAGGAGGCUGGCGAGGGUGACUACGUCGGUCUGUGUGGCUCUGGCCGGAGCGGCGGGGCGCUGGCCGGCCCUCGAGGAGAAUCGCCAGCCAUGAGAGACGGACACCUCAGAGAUGCUUCGCCAGGCAGCAGCGCCCCUGGGCAGGAAGGCAGAGACGGCGGGGACAGAGCCCCGAAGUCUCCAGAUGCCUCCGAGUCAGCUCAGUCAGAGGAGGAAGUGGACGAGCUGUCCCUCAUCGACCACAGUGAGAUCAUGGCCAGGCUGACGCUCAAGCAAGAGGGUGACGACGGGCCAGACGUCCGUGGAGGGUCUGGCGACAUCUUGCUGGUCCACGCCACCGAGACGGACAGGAAAGAUCUGGUGCUGUACUGCGAGGCCUUCCUCACCACCUACAGGACCUUCAUCAGCCCCGAGGAACUCAUCAAGAAGCUGCAGUACAGGUACGAGAAGUUCUCGCCUUUCGCCGACACGUUCAAGAAGCGCGUCAGCAAGAACACGUUCUUCGUGCUGGUGCGGGUGGUGGACGAGCUCUGCCUAGUGGAGCUGACGGAAGAGAUCUUGAAGCUGCUGAUGGACCUGGUCUUCCGCUUGGUGUGCAAUGGGGAGCUCAGCCUGGCCCGCGUGCUGCGCAAGAACAUCCUGGACAAGGUGGACCAGAAGAAGCUGCUCAGGUGUGCCAGCUCUGGCCAGCCCCUGGCAGCCAAGGGGGUGGCAGCCAGGCCCGGGACCCUGCAUGACUUCCACAGCCAUGAGAUCGCCGAGCAGCUGACGCUGCUGGAUGCCGAGCUGUUCUAUAAAAUAGAGAUUCCCGAGGUUUUGCUUUGGGCCAAAGAGCAGAACGAGGAAAAGAGCCCCAACUUGACCCAGUUCACAGAACACUUCAACAACAUGUCCUACUGGGUCCGGUCCAUCAUCAUGUUACAGGAAAAGGCCCAGGACAGGGAGCGGCUGCUCCUGAAGUUCAUCAAGAUCAUGAAGCACCUGCGGAAGCUGAACAACUUCAACUCCUACCUGGCCAUCCUCUCGGCACUGGACUCGGCGCCCAUCCGCCGGCUGGAGUGGCAGAAGCAGACCUCGGAGGGCCUGGCUGAGUACUGCACGCUGAUUGACAGCUCGUCCUCCUUCCGCGCCUACCGGGCCGCCCUCUCGGAGGUGGAGCCGCCAUGCAUCCCCUACCUGGGGCUCAUCCUGCAGGACCUCACCUUCGUUCACCUGGGAAACCCAGACUACAUCGACGGGAAGGUGAAUUUUUCCAAACGGUGGCAGCAGUUUAACAUCCUGGACAGCAUGCGGUGCUUCCAGCAGGCGCAUUACGACAUCCGGAGGAAUGAUGACAUCAUCAACUUCUUCAACGACUUCAGCGACCACCUGGCCGAGGAGGCCCUGUGGGAACUCUCUCUGAAAAUCAAGCCCAGGAACAUAACAAGGAGAAAAACAGACCGGGAAGAGAAGACCUAGGAGCAGGUGCCACGAGCGAGGAGAACGCUCCAGAGAGGCUCAGAGGGCCCCUCCAAGACCGCAAGGGACCUUGGACCUGUGACGCGGCAGUGGCACACGUCCUGGCCUCAGCGCCCCAAGGCCCAGCCAGGCCCCUGCGGUGUGGGCCCGGGUCCGGAGCCUGCGGCAGCUUCCUGCCUUCCUCCUCCCCAGGCGCAGACCCCUCGGCCCACGUGGAGUCAGCAGGCAGGUCGCGUUGCUCAUUUGUGACCCGGUGGUUUUGGUUUGGUUUGGUUUCUGCUUUGCUCGGUCUUCCACUCUCACCCCCUCCCCACCUCUCCUCCCCCAAGCCUGGGAGCUGCGCAGGGACAUCUUCCGCAGACCAGGGGACAGCAGGGAUCUGCCGAAGGGACCGAUGAGUGGAGGCUCAAGCACCCUCGGGGGAGGGGCUUGCUCUCCUGGUGACCUUGGAAGAAGGGGACAUGCAGUCGGGUGGGCAGAAGGCAGGCGUGGGGGAGACCCCUCACUCUCCAUGCCCCACUUCUUAAAAUGGAUGGUGUGCGCUGCUCGGCUGGCCCAGAAAGGUACGACAGGCGUCCUCCCAGCAGCCCUGGAGCUGGCGCUCCGGUCACGGUACUGGCCCUCCUUUGCUGGGCCUCGAGCAGCGGUGUCUCUCUCCCGUUUUCGCCCCUUCAUCUCCCACCCUGUCCUGCUGGCCCUCCCUGUGAUCUGGCACCAUGGGAGCCGGGAAGUGGCCGCUGGAGCCAGGACAGCCCUGACUGCACUCAGGGCCCAUGCUCCUGGUUGAGUUCAUUCUGAGGAGGGAGGGGCGCUUCUGUCCAGGGGAGGCCGGCAGCCCCUCCUCUGCCGCCUGCUGUGUGCCUUAAACUCCAUCUCCUGCCCCUCCGCCCUGCCCCGAGCCUCGGGGGCCUUUCGCCAGUGCGGCGCUGUCGGCGCUCCCCUGGUAGGCACGGGGGCCUGGCUGCCCAGGCGCCUCUCCGGCGGCCACCACGCGGCAGGCUCGCCCUGUCCUCUGGCCAAGGCCCAGCGCCUGCAGGAGCCGGGCUCCCUCCUCCUCCUCCUCCAGAGCCGCUCUCGCUGCUGAGGUUGACAAUCUGGGGCAAGGUCUGCGGGCGGGGGGGGGCGGGGGGGUCCUGAUUUGCAUCAUUGAGCAGCCUUCUCCUGGGCUUGGGGCUUGAGCAAGCAAACACCAGGAUUGACCCGGGUUCAGUCCGGUUUAAACAGAACAGAAAGAAACCGACAUCUGUCAACCAUUUAAAAAACAACCCUGUCACUUUGAGCCCCUCAUGGGUUUUUGAACAGCUUUUAUCCAGAAGAAAACCGGGCCAGGUUUUUUCUUUGUCCUGUACAUAGAGGGAAGGAGUCUGAAGCGUCAGCUUUCACCCCUCGGGCAGCGAUCCUGCCGGCGGCGGCGGGCAGAGCGCGUCACUUUAUUAUUUAAAGAGUGUGUGUGUAGAGUCGCUGUUUAUUAACAGUAUUGUGUGUGGGAUUGGGUUUUCGUUUGUCCCCGCUUUUCCAAGUCCUCUCAUUUCAGUCUUUUCCUCCUCCCAUCCUCCCCCGGGCCCGGCCCAGCUCUGCUGAAUGCGCUGUGCGUGCCUGGGGGCCGCCGUAGGCUCGGGGCUGCGGGGCCCAACACGGCGCCGGGCCGGGGUGUCUGUUCGCUGUGUGCUCCGCUGGGAGCCGCACGGGAUGGAGGGGCUUCACCGUCCCUCGAUUCAGAGCAGACCCUGUGCCCACACACCCCUCCUCGCCGGGGGCCCUGGGGCUGAGCCGAGGCGCCAGGCAGGCAGUGCGGGUGGACAUGGGGCCGCCGGGCCGGGGGCCCCCUGCGUGAGGACAGCAGGUGCAGUGUGUUUUAACUUAUUGGCUGACAGGCUUCCCCGCCUUCGCCUCCUUAAGACACGUUCCUGGCUCUGGGAGCGGCCAGCCUGGCUGUGGUUUGUCUGUCUGGAGGCCGGUCGGGGGUUUGACUGCAUCGGGAGGGUGUGGGUCCUGUGGAGGCGGCGCUCCCUGGCAGGCGUGGGACGGGGAGAGGGCAGGCACCCCACAUCUGAGAAGCUCCCUCCCGGUGUUACAAUGUAAUAUAUGCCCCUGACUAACCCGGCUGAUAGAGGCAUCUUCCUGCAGACAUUUCAAACCUGUAACUUUUAUAUGAAAGGAAAAUAAACGCAGAGGAAAGCUGUGGCCGCCUGUGUCAAAA